AUUGUUAAACAAGUACUCACAUAUAUAUUCAACCCUUUUACUUAGUAGAAUAGGUCCUGGUGUCUUACUUUGAAAAGGGUAUUGAUAUAUAGUCUUAGAAUAACAAGAAUGAUAGGGUGGGAAGAUGUUUACAAAGUUGUGGUGGCUAUGACACCACUCUAUGUUGCACUGAUUUUAGGGUAUGGUUCCGUCAGGUGGUGGAAAAUAUUUACUCGUGAUCAAGGUGAUGCAGUGAACCGGUUUGUUUGCUUUUUCACUCUCCCACUCUUCACCUUUGAGUUCACAGCCAAUGCUGAUCCUUUCAAAUGGAACUUUCUAUUCAUUGGUGCUGAUGCCAUUUCCAAGUUCAUUAUAGUUGUGGUGCUUGCCAUUUGGGCCAAGUGUAGUAGCAAAGGAAGCUAUCGUUGGUCUAUAACUAGCUUCUCUUUGUGUACUUUAACUAAUUCUCUUGUUGUAGGGGUGCCUUUACUAAAGGCUAUGUAUGGUCAAAAUGCUGUGGAUCUGGUUGUUCAAUCAUCUAUUAUCCAGGCAAUCAUAUGGCUCACCCUUCUCUUGUUCGUCUUGGAAUUUCGACGAACUGGGAUUAAUUUUUCUGCCGACAUAAGUAUAAAAAAUUCUCAAGUUCAAUCUGCGGUUGAAUCGGGAAAAGAUUUAGAGGGAAGCACAGAGAUUGUCGCGAGCACUGGUCCGUCUUUCUGGUAUUUGAUGAGGACGGUAUGGUUGAAGCUAGCAAUGAAUCCAAACUCCUAUGCUUGUAUUAUGGGCAUUACUUGGGCUUUUAUUGCAAAUAGGUGGCAUAUUAAGAUGCCUAGCAUCUUGGAGGGAUCUAUAUUGAUCAUGUCAAAGGCAGGGACAGGCACUGCCAUGUUCAGCAUGGGGAUCUUCAUGGCACUCCAAGAAAAGCUGAUUGCUUGUGGCCCAAGCCUCACUCUAUUUGGGAUGCUUUUGAAGUUUAUUGCUGGACCGGCCACCGUGGCUAUCGGCUCUUACGCUGUGGGUUUGCAUGGUGACGCUUUACGAGUCGCCAUCAUUCAGGCAGCACUGCCACAAUCCAUUACGUCCUUCAUCUUUGCUAAAGAGUAUGGAUUGCAUGCAGAAGUACUCAGCACUGCAGUGAUCUUCGGCGCGUUUGUUUCGCUACCGGUGUUGAUCGCUUAUUAUGCAAUUUUAGAGUUUAUACAUUGAUACCCCCUCAUUGAGACUAAUAAUGAAAAAAUAAGGGGAGCAACAGAGGGAUAUCUAACACUGUUGUUUAAUUUUUAUUUUUCCUACCUUUGUUCUUUUAAAUUUAGGUAUCUAUUUUGAAAAUUCUGAAACUCAAUUAGUCUAA